CCGGCCAGAGCGCACGUCCCGGAAGCACCCCCGUCGCCGCUCCGCUAAAGCCUUCACCACCUCCAACGCCGCCGGCACAACAAACUCUCGGUGCCCUUGUGAUACUAUGUGCUUCUGAUCACGCCGACAGCGGACGACCACUCUAAACACAAGUCUGCCUACGCUAAUUACAAAUCGUUAAGGAAAUCAGACAGUAGCAUAUCGGGCCCCGACCAGCGAUUAAAAUCUAUAAUGUGGUCGGGCGUGCGCCCACGGGGUGUGCGUAGAUUGUGUACUUAGUACGCGCAAGUGGUGGGAGGUGGGUGACAGCAUGCGGGUGUACUGCAUGCUGUUGGCGGCGCUAACGCUGCGCUCGGCGGCCGAAACCGCGCCGCGCCGGUACGCAGCGGAGUGGCGCGGAGCGCGCGACCGCGAAUUAGCGCACGCGCGGCCCCUGCACGACCUCUUCGACCCCGAGCCUGAGUCGGCGGCGCUGGCGCCCGCGCCUGUGCCAGCGCCGGCGCACCAGGUCCCGCCGUCUCUACCCGCUGGCGCUCUCCACAAAGAACGACGACGGAACCGAGCCUGGUCUAAACGUGCUCCGCGCCUCCCUUCGGAGAUCGCGAAUCAGAUGAUGCUACGAGCUUCGCGGUCCAGUCGACCUUAUGAUGUACCCCAAAUUGAAUGCCCUCCGGCCGCAGACGGUAUGGAGCGCUUCGCGUGCCCCACGCCGGACCGGCAAGGCCGCUACCGCUGCAUCGACGAUCAUGUCCUCUGUGACGGCUUCAUCGACUGCCCCAACGGCGAGGACGAGGAUCGGCAGGCAUGCAUGUUCUACAAGACGACCAAGGCGCACCUGGACGUGCUCGCGGACGCGCUGCUGCGGUGGGCGCGCGGCCGCUAAGCUCCCUUCCGGACCCUGACCCAGUGCUCCACACCCUACCACAUCUCCGACCUCAUCAUUAUAACCCUCGAUUGAAAUUAAGCCAGUGUGCUCUUAUGAAUAGCGAACGCUGCGAUUUAUUUUCCGAAGUUCCGGACGCGACCAGCUGAUUACUCGUAGACGAGUUGAAACGAACGUAAUGAAACAUAUCAAGUAGUGGUUCAGCCUAUGCCAAAAACAUGACCACUAAAAGUGUAGUGUGUAAGGGUAAGGACUCCGAGCGUGAACGGAUAAGACGAUUCUGUAGGAGAUGCGCGAGAGUGCAUCGGUUGGAACGAGGAAGUGUUGUUCUGGUUUCGUCCCAAGUAGCCUCUCCGCAGCAAUUUUACUUUCCCAUGAAUAUUUCGUACUUUCUAGCAUUUAUUAAACUAAAAUGUGAGACUGGUAGUCGACAUUGUUAGUCGGUAGAUCAUUAUAUUAUUAAAUAUAGAAUAGUUCUUCAUCUAACGAAACAUUGUUUGUCGAUUUGUUAAUGUAUUUACCUUUUUACUCUGUUAUUAGUUACAGCAUUCCACACUUUAUGAUGGUUGUAAUAUAGAUAAAAAAGCUCUUAAAUGUAUAUAAUACGAAUAUUUGUGUAUUGAAUUGGUUUAUUCUCGCGGCCUACACGUAACGAAGGAAGCUUGUUUGAGCCGCUAGCUGCGUCUCGUGGCUCGCGACAGCUCUGCACAUUCCAAGUUUUGUCAAAACGCUUAUGAUAUAAUAAUGUCUCAGUAGACUUUAACAAACUUCAUCUCGAAUAAGGCAGCUACUGUAUAUUGGUAUGUAAAACAUUAGUUAUUAAGAUGGCUUUUUAUUCAUUACAUUACUUUUAAGUACACAUAAAUUAAGUUAUACCAAGUCAUUAAGGUUAUACCUUUUUUUUCUGUAUAUACUAUUCCAUUCCAUGUUGUUUACUUGAUUUGUUUUACUUAAGUUUACAACAUACGUAACACAACGGUUUCGACUGAAUAUUAAUUUUAUAGUUAAUUUAAUAAUUAAUUAACAUUAUUUCAUAGCAGUGAUCAACACCAUCUAGUCAAAUGAGUUCCUAGACGAAAACAUAAUGUUACAUAGUUGUAUUAUAAACAAUUCAUCAAUUUCCUUUGAAUUUAUUGCCCAAAACUAGUCAAUACUUCACCUACAAUUGUACAAGAUUUCUCAAUACUUGAUUGAUGCUUCUAUUGUUGAACUCGUUGUCACAAGAGAUUUGGAAAUUCAAUUCCGAUGUAUACAUUCAAUAUCUAGCGAAGACCUUUUCUUCCAAUAAUGAUAGAAAGAAAGCAUUCAUUUUCCUUUUGUGAUUGCUUUAGCACCCUAUAAAUAUUUAUAAAAAAUAAUUUUAAAUAUUUUACCCUCCAGUUCACAUCCGCUAUGUUAUUAUAAUAUUGCUUAUAAUGAUAGAUAUAAAAUAUAUUUUAAAUAGAUAUUACUUAACUCGAUGUUAUAAGAUACAUAUGUCAGUGUAUCUUUGUUUGGGGUACCUAUAUAAAAUAUAAGAAAAAAAAACUUAAAUUUAAAAGUCAAGUAGCAUAUGAAAAUAUAUUAGAUUGUGUAAAAUUUUUAAAAGUAAAUAAGUGAAGCUUUUAGGAAUAUCGUAAUAGAUACUGUAGAAGCUGUCUACAUUUAUAGGUAGGUAAGACGUAUUUAAUGGAAUCGAAUGCACCAAACCAAGUAGCAGUUAGUAUAUAUUUAAGAACAAGCACCGUAAAUAUAAGAAUUGUUGGGUAUCCUAGUAAUGACACAAUUUUUUUGUCGUAUUUUAAUUUCAAAAACAUCAUCAAAGAAUCAGUGACUAUGCAGCAAAGCAUCUACCAGUGUGAUUCUUGUGAAUUAAAUCGCAGUUUGUUUUGUGUCUGAACAUUACUUUUAAAUAAUAUAUUUGAUUCCAAAAGGCCACCUCAAAUAACAUUGGAGUGACCUAGACCUCGGCCGCUACUGGUAUAAAGUGGCAUAAAAUACGAAACAGUAGGAUUUCCCUAUGUCAGAGACUAACUCACUGUAUUAAUUAAGUGUUUAUUUAAAACAGUUUAAAAUAAAUGGCAUAACGUUUAUAGAUAUAAAAGAGUAGCUAUAGAAUAAUAAUUAUUUUUAGAAUAGGAUGUGAACUGAAGUGUUUUCACCGCGAUAAAGAUUUUGAGACUAUGGAGGCUCAUCAAAGCAAUACAAAAAUAUUUGACAUUAUAGUUCGGUUAUUUGAAUACAAUAUCCAGAUGUCGCAAUAAAAACAUCAUGUUACAACUUUCAACCCAAAUAAACAACGUUAUAGUCUGUUAGAACACUAGUUCUUGAGCCAGCAGACUCGACGGUGUUUAUACACCCGUUUAGAAUCGUUUGCAUGUCAAGUUUAUUUUACACAUACCACACUGCAGACAAUUUAGGAAAUUGUUUACUUUUUGAAUGUUAUUGCUUUGAUGACAUGGUUUCAUAUAUACUUUAUCGUUUUUUUUAUUAUUAUUAUAAACUGAUCGGCGAUUGGCCCUAGUCACACCUGAUGGAAAGUGAAGACAGGGCCUAAGAUGGAGCUCACCGGUUCAGUAACAGCCUAUUCAGUCUUGUUUUAAAGAGAUCGAGGUCAUAUUGAUCAGGGAAUACAGAUGGCGGGAGCGCAUUCCAUUCCGGUGGUUUAGUCCAUCAUAAAGCCUCUAUCCAGAACUAUUUUGUUUGCGUCAUAAUGAUACAGCUUUUUUUAUAUUUCACAAUAUCAAAAAGCAAUUAAGUAUUCCCUGUUACUAUAAUAUUGUGUACCUAAUCCUUGUGGCAAUAAAUUCACAAAAACACUUUGAAAUUAAUUUAUAACUCCCAAUAUACAGGCAUAAAAUUGUAAAGCCCCGUUCAGCUAAAGGAAAGACUCACCCACCCAGAGAGAUAGCGUGAAAUAUCAGACAACUACAUUAAUUACAAAAUAUCAUCUGGAUGGCACCACAAUGGCAGCUCAUAACAUUUCAAUAAUCAAAUAACCUCGGGUCAAAAUCAAAAGUUUAUUUAACUCUUUUCACCGCAACUGUCUGUUAUUAGAAAAGGCAUGUCAGGUAUAUGUUGAAUGAACACACUUUCCACAUUAUAUCCUACAGAUUUUGUGUUUAGUUUGUCUUUCUAAACAACGUCAUUGUUCUUCACUAAUAAAAUUUUUUCAUCAAGGAGUGUGAUUGUACAUAUUUUAUUAGAUUGUAUGUUACCUAUAAUGGAUUAUUAUUAAUGUAAUUGCACCGACAUUUGCCUGUUUUGUAUGUGCACAGCAAUUUAUUGUGAUAUUUUAAAUACUAUAGGAUAAGUGCAAAUCAUGAUCUCGCGAGUAGACUAUACUGUACCUAUAUCAAUGUGAUUAUAAUUAAUUUACAUAUAAAUUAAAUAUGUAUUAUGUCAAAUUAGUCUCUAUUGAAUAUGGACGCGUCUUAUUUAUAUUAUACCUACCUAAAUUAGACCGGCUAGACCAUUUACUUAUUUAGCCUCGUGUAAUUUUGCUAGAGCCUAUUUAUGCUUGCGUCGUGCGGCAUCCCCCCUAGAAAGACUGUUAGACGGCCGGGACAAACUCUUAAAAAUUAAUCAAAUGUAAAAAGCUAUUAUCACAUAAAAGGUUCUAUUUUAAACUAGAGUGGACGCCGCAUCACAGAUCUGUCACUGUUUGUAUUUGAUUCGAAAUCUUUAGCAAUUUUCGUCAAUUUUAUGGAUACUUGUGUACGUAGAAAUAAAUAAAAUAUGAAGUGCUAAUCGUUGUCCACCGUCGUCCUAAGCUGUAACUCCGCGAUUACUAUUAUUUCAUUGCACCUCACCAUGAUAUUUAUCUAGUUAUUGUUAUAAUAUUAUUUAAUUAACUAUGUAAGCACACAACUACAAGCACAAUUUUUCUACACAUUUAUUAAGUACCUUUAACCUGUAAGAAGGUAAAUUAAAUGUUGAUCAAGGUUUCUAGUCACUUUUAUAUUUCGCAAAUUACAUGCGACAAAUACAGAUAUUCAAGAAGUAACAACGUAUGCUCAUGGAAUCUUCCGAACUCAGUUCAAAGUACAUAUUUGUAAUACCGACCUAUUUCUCAGACAUGAUAUAUUAACAAUAAUCGCUCAAAUGGGAAAACUAUUUCGACGAUAUUUAUUGUUGAAGUAAAAUAUUUUUAGAUGUCACCCUUGAUAGUUAUCAUAAACUACAUACAUUAAAUGCUUUUAAUUUGGUCAAUUAUUAGAUGCACUGACAAAACGCUACAAAGAUUUUUCCGCGAGAAACAUGCAAGUUAAGUGAUGAAAAAUAUAAAAAAAUCAUCCGCCAAUUUUCUUGAUGGUAGUUGUUACUUUAAAAAUGCAACUAUUUUUGUAGAUACAUAUUAUCUAUUUGAUUACCACUAGAUAGAGAUUUACAUAGUAUAUAUUUUCUCAUAGUGUUACGUUUGCCGAUGUAAAGACAAACGAAUAUUCAUUUAUGCACCAUGAAAUUCACUGACACCGCAGCUCAUUGACGCGCUGUUAAAAGAUGUUGGCGGUAUAUUCAGUUUUCGAAAAUAUGAUGCCAACAGUACCAUAAGGGAAUUUUCCUCACAUUGUUUAUCAUGUUGAAUCAACCUUUUAGUCUAAAUAUGUCUCUAGGGGGCUCUAGUGUUUUUACCUAUCAUACUUCCGAAUUAUUUCUUUGAAUAUAUGUCUGCCAAAGUUUGUUUACCUAUGUGAACUUCUUUUUGGCAACCAAGUUUACGAAUUAUUGUGGAAAGUUAAGUUUCAGGGAAAAACCUUCAAAAAAAAUUUACUUUGGAAAACAGCACGUGGAGAGAGACGUAUUCGGACUAUGUAUAUAGGUUCCCAACUCUGUCGUGCUUAGCAUACCCAUCGUCGCAUGUGCAUUAGAAAAAUUGUUCGUACCUAACCAGUUUUCAAGAACAUACGGUGGAUGUGCCAAGAAUGGUAGAACUAGGGUCGGCAGACUUGUAAUGACUAAGAAAGUCUGCCUGAGCCGUCAGCUCCGGUAUCAGUGGGUGUUGGUCGACCUAGUAGAGUUCUGCCCGAGUCAACAUGGAACUAUUACGUUAUAAAUCAAAUCCCAAGGAUUCUCUUAAUAUUUGUCAAAUUAAUACGGUUCCAUGAUUACAGAGCUCUCCCAAGUGAAGCGACCCCCGCACUUGCACGUCAAAACUAAAGGACCGUCACUGAAUACAAAGAACAUCGUACGUUGUGCUUGGUAUACAUGUAUCUAUGUAUUUCUAUAUGAGUCACACGCGCUCAUCUUCAUUAAAUUUAUCGCGUGGCAAUACUAUUUUACGCGCGAGUAAAACAGACAUGUAUUAAAAGAUCACUGUAUAAGAUUACUCGUGUUUGGCGACGGCCCUUUAUGCCUAUCAACUAAGUUUGAUAUGUAGUUUUCUCCUACUCUCUGAGACUCUUGCGUUUAGCCGUGUCAUGCACGAGUUCACUUGACUUGUCAUUUCGCAGAAUAUGUAUGCAACUCAUAUGGCGAUAAUCUAAUAAGUCAGGUGUAAUAUUACCUAGUCGACCCUGUGUCUAAGCUACGAGUAAUAAGUUACGUUAUAUUUUUGCGAUUUACUUGAAAUUUAUUUACGAUAUAGAAGAGUAAUUAGAUUUUAUAAUAAAUGAGAAUAUUUAUUGAAGCAUACGACAGUAAGUCCUCCGCUUCAAUAAAUAUGACUUGUCUUAUUUGAAUUGUUUAUAUUUAUCAGAUUAGGUGCUGGUCUCCCCAGUAUAAGUGUCAUCUUAUAUUACGUACAUUUGAUACGGAGUUAUAUUGUAUGAAUGAGUCAAAGUAUUUGUAAAACAAAUAUGAUUUAAUAUAGGCUUCGACUCAGGGUCGACUUCGCUAUAUAAACGUGGCUUCAUAACGACUACGCUAUUUUGUAGGCGUAAUAUACUUUUGGACUAUUUAUUAUGUAUUGUUAAUUACUAUGUAUGUUGUAUUAAGAUAAAAAAUGAAAACAAAAAAUAAAUGUUAAUAAAUGCCUCAGCCAGAUGA